CAACUUACUAUCAUAUUCACCAACUACAUCUUUCUCUUCCUCAACAAUCAACCCUAAUAUAACUCCAAAAUGGAAGCCACCAUCUUCAAGAAAUCAAGAAGCUCAUCAUCAACCCUAGCGAUGCACAAACAAUCAUACUCAAUAACCAAAACAAAGCCAAAGAUCCGUAUAAUUCAUAUAUUUGCACCUGAGAUCAUCAAGACCGACGUUGCCAACUUCCGAGAGCUCGUCCAGAGCCUCACAGGCAAACCAGAAGACCAUGGUGUUUCAAGGACAAAGACAAGAAGAGGUACUCAUCGUCAAGUCCAAGACAUGAUCAACAUGGAGAAACCAGGAGAAGUAGAGCGUUGUGAUGAUCAAGGGUUCUGCUCAAACUCAGAGAUGGAAGAUAUGUCGAUGACUUGGAACGGUGAUAAUGACGGUGGUGAGCUCUCAGGAGGGUUCUUGAAUGGUAUGGGAGAUUUUGGAGGGUUUAUUCAAGAACUUGGUGAAUUUCCCUAUUUGCCCUCGUCCGCCAUGGACGUUUCUGCUUCUUCUAACUCGUCUUCUUCCUCCCAUUUACAUGGUGGAUCAAUUUUCUCAGAUUCUCAUCACCAAUUCUAACUCUUGUCUCUCAAACAAAAGAGCUUUUUAUAAGUGGUGUAUUUUAUCUUCUUAAUUAGGUUUUUGUGGAAAUAUUUUUUGUUGUUUUUGUUUAGUCCAAUAAAUUGAUAUUAUGUAAAGGUUAAACUCUUUUUUAUUUCACCCUUAAU